AUGACUGCCGAACACCACAUCGUCGCAAUUGAGGCUCUUCAUUGCCCAAUUCCGCAAUUUGAUAUCCCAGGCCCACAUACUCGGGAAGUGCAUCGAUGGACCAGCCCAUCCGAGCUCCCCAGUCGCCUGAAAGAUGCCACCAUUGCCAUCACCACCACAAUUAAGCUCUCGGCAGAGACACUGGAUGCCAAUGUGACUCCGAAACUCCGUCUCAUCGUGAUCAUGGCGACCGGCACGGAUUGUGUUGACAUCGCGGCGGCAUCGGCCCGCGGAAUCACCGUUUGCAAUUGUCCUGGCUCGAAUAUCGAUAGUGUCAGCGAGCAUGCUAUUGGUCUGUACUUUGCUUCCCGGCGCAAGUUCAUUGAGUUGCAUAAUGCCACUAUUGCUGUGCCAGAAGAUCCAUCCCUUGAUACUGAAUGGAAGACCAAUGGGUCCUUACUCAGUCGCGUCCGUUUGCCAAGUGGCAAGGCGCCUUCACUGUGCAGCGAUGAGACUGUUGCCAUUAUUGGAUAUGGAAUGUUGGGGAAGCGGAUUGAGACACUGGCCAAAGCGCUUGGUAUGAAGGUCAUCAUUGCAGAGCGCAAGGGCGUCCUUCCUCGAGCGGGUCGGAUGGGAUUCGAAGACGCGCUGAAGCAGUCGACUGUGGUCAUUCUUUGUCUGCCACGAAGUGCGGAGACUUUGAAUAUGAUUUCCACGGCCGAGUUUGAGUUGAUGUCUUCUCAUUCCUUGCUGAUCAACGUCGCCAGAGGCGGCAUUGUUGAUGAAAAUGCCCUGUUGGAUGCCCUCAGCCGAAAGCAAAUUGCAGGCGCUGCCACAGAUGUGUAUGUGAAAGAGCCCGCUGGACGGGGAGAUUCGCCUUUGUUAAGCCCGGAAGCCGCGUCGUUGAAUCUGGUCUUGACUCCUCAUCUUGCGUGGUUUGCUGAAAGAACACUGCAUAAUCUUGAGUCUAGUUGCAAGGUUACGGUAGAGAAGUGGUGUGUUGGUCAGACUAUCAACAGGGUGGAAUGA